CCACUUCCUUCUGUCACUCCCCUGCACCUUUCUGCAGCUCCCCUCUGCCUGUUAGUGAGGAGAACCAGGUGGACUCAAUCUUCAAUCUCCUAGCAAUCAGAGUGCACCUACUUUAGUGUGGCUGACCUGUCAGUCCUGGUUUGAGAGCAUGCGAUGCAAACAGUGCUGAAGCAUUUGACUCAGAACUGUGUAAAAGUUUCAACAAGCUGUGAAAGACAGCCGGAAAUGAAACUCAAGCAGCCAGUGUGCUUCAGAGCAGCAAUGGAGCAGAAUCACCUGGACCGAGAAGCUAUCUCCUGUUCGAUCUGCCUGGAUCUACUGAAGGAUCCGGUGACGAUUCCCUGUGGACACAGCUACUGUAUGAACUGUAUUAAAGGUUACUGGGAUAAAGAGGAUCAGAAAAGAAUCUACAGCUGCCCACACUGCAGAGAGACAUUCACACAAAGGCCUGCACUAAAGAAGAGCAUCACAUUAGCAGGUUUAGUGGAGCAGCUGAAGAAGACCGGACUCCAAGCUGCUGCUGCUGAUCACCGCUAUGCUGAAUCUGAAGAUGUGGCCUGUGAUUUCUGCACUGGGAGAAAACUGAAAGCCAUCAAGUCCUGUUUAUUCUGUCUGGCCUCUUACUGUGAGAAACACCUUCAGCCUCAUUAUGAAGUGGCUCCUUUAAAGAAACACAAGCUGGUGGAGCCGUCCAAGAACCUCCAGGAGAACAUCUGCUCUAAGCAUGAUGAGGUGAUGAAGAUGUUCUGCCGCACUGAUCAGAAGUUUAUCUGUUAUCUCUGCUCUGUGGAUGAACAUAAAGGCCACAACACAGUGUCAGCUGCAGCAGAAAGGACUGAGAGGCAGAGAGAGCUGGAGGAGAGACGAGGAAACAUCCAGCAGAGAAUCCAGGACAGAGAGAAGAAAGUCAAAGAGCAAAAGGAGAAAGUUCUGUUCAUAAAUCGCUCUGCUGAUAAAUCAGUUGAAGCAUGUGAGAAAAUCUUUAUUGAUCUGAUUCAUCUGAUCCAGAGAAAAAGUUCUGAUGUGAAGAAUCACAUUAAAUCAAAGCAGGAAGCUGACAUAAGAUGUUAUAUACAUGAACAGAAGAGGUUGGAGCAGGAAAUUACUGAGCUGAAGAGGAAAGACACUGAACUGAAGCAGCUCUUGGUUACAGAGGACAACAUCCAGUUUCUGAAAAAUUACAUCCCAGAAUCCUUCAUUAAAAUGCAUCAAAACAGAGUUUCUAAUUAUUCUACGUACAGAAUAAUUUCUGAUUUUCACCAAAUAUCAAGUCUCAAUGAUGUAAAAGCAGCUGUCUCAGAAGCUGAAAGUAUGGUUCAGGAAACUGUGGCCAACAGAUGGAUGGAGAUUUCCCUGACAGAAGCAUCAUUAAGUCCCACAGUCAAGGACAGAGAUGAACUUUUGAAAUAUUCCCAGGAGCUAACACUGGACUCAAACACAGCAAACAGAUAUUUGUCUGUCACAAGAAACAGAGCAGUAAAGAAGGACACAGAACAAUUUAAAGACGACUCUGAACGGUUUGAUGGAAGCUUCCAAGUGUUGAGUAAAGACUCUCUGAGUCGAUGUUCUUACUGGGAGGUGCAGAGCUCUGGUAGAUUCACAGUGGCUGUUGCUUACAAAGAUAUCAGCAGAAAAGCCAGAAUAAAUGAAUGCACAUUUGGGCUAAAUGAAACCUCCUGGGCUCUGGAGUGCUGCAAACUCAUGUAUGUAUUCAGACACAACAAAACUCUGACUCUGAUCUCGGCUCCUCGUUCAUCUAAGAUAGGAGUGUUCCUGGAUUAUGGAGCAGGUGUUCUGUCCUUCUACAGCGUCUCUGAAUCCACGACUCUCCGCCCUAAUAACCGUUUCAGCGUCUCUGGAACCAGGACUCUCCUCCACAGAGUCCAGACCAGAUUCACUCAGCCGCUGCUGGCUGGGAUACGACUGUAUGAAACUGGAGACUCAGCUGAGUUCAGUCAACUCAGACAGGACAGUUUUUAUAACACCACAACUCGCCUCAACAGAGUCCAGGCCACACUCACUCAGCCGACGCCUGCUCAAGCACAAACGGUUGAGUCUGACUCUGACUCUGAGUAUUCGAGACCGACUCGCCCUAUAAUAUCGAUGGAAACGUUUCCUGAGUUUUAAAUGUGAGAGAAAGAAGAGCCUGAUAGCUGCAGGGAAACGACAUUCUACUGUGCAGCAGCUCAGAGAAGAAAUGUGCAUAGUUUGAUAUAUUACUUUCAAAGUUUGAAUUAGUUGUAUUUUUUAAAAAUGUUCCUCUAUUAUCCGGUUUACUAGAGUGUUGAUGUUAGAAUUACUAAGCACUAAAGCCUCCAGGUUGGCCUCUCAGUCUAGUUUUUAUGUAAAACAGAUUAGUGAUCAGAGCAUUGUAUAGGAAAGAGGCUCAACUAAACUUGUAAGUUGUAUAUAGUGUAUUUGAACUCUAUAUUAUAACCUCAUGUCUUCUCUCCAUAAAAGCAGGCCGAUGAGUCCUAGAUACGUCUGGCAACUCAAAUAGGUCAGAAAGUUCUCUGAGUUUUAAUGUGAGAGAAAGGAAAACCUGAUACCUGCAGGGAAAUGAUAUGUAGACUUUUAUGCAUGAUGGAUGUGAUUGGCCUCUGGUGUUUGUUUCUUUUAUUGUCACCUAGAAAUAUGCAUUUACUGAGCUUGUUUGUCAACAUCUUAUUUAAAGCUAUGAUUCAGUUCAAAAUUACAUUUUCCUUAAUAUUUUAAAACUGGUUUGGGAGAGGGUUUAAGUAAUUAUUGUGAAUUAAAUAAUCAAUGUUAAUAAAAUAUUUAAUUCUUUUUCACUGGAUUUUUUUCUGUGAACUCAGAAACUGAGGCAAUGACGGUAUUUUUAUGAACUUGUAUUCUUGUUACUUAAAUCAUAAGUUGACUGUUUAGUUUUAAACCAAUAGAGCAGUUUCUGUAAAAUUAAUCAUUUUGUAACAUAUAAUCUCUAAUAACAGCUUUGUUCUGUUCUUUAGAUACAAUUCUCCAUGUAAUACCAUGUUGAUGUCGCAAUUUGCAUAUAUGUGAACCAAAAAUAAAGUGUGAACAUAGAAGUUGUGGAGAAAAA